UAAUAAUAAGUAGUCCAGUGAAGUUCGAUGAUGAUUAUACAUUAUUUCUGGAUCUUCAUCUCUUAUUUGAGUGUUCUAUGAUUGUGUCCAUUUUUUGACCAAUGCGUAAAUUUUUUAAAUUGUUUUCAAGAAGACACAAAUUUAUCUUAUGCGUGCAAGAUUUGCGUGUAAGGGAUUUGAAAAUCAACAUAUAAAUACAAGGCGUGUUUCUCGCCAGAAAUAUGCCCAUCUGUCACGCAAAUCAAUUCUCGCUUCUCUGGUGAGGUUAGAUCUUCAAACAGUUCCUCUGGGCCAUUUUUUAUUUUCCCCUGUGCUUCAUCAGAUUUUAAUUCCAUCUUCCAGCUGCAGCUUUUUGUGUCCGCAGAAGAAAUUAUUUUCUCCUUUUCCUCUAAAUUCAAACCACUGAAAGUAUAAUCGUCGCCAUCUGAAGGUGCAAGUUCUAUGGAAGGCAUUGUAGUUAGAAGAGUCAUUCCAUCAGACAACAGCUGCCUUUUCAAUGCGGUUGGUUAUGUCAUGGAUCGUGACAAGAAUAAAGCCCCUGAGCUAAGACAGGUCAUUUCGGCGGUGGUUGCAAGUGACCCAACAAAAUAUUCAGAAGCUUUUCUUGGGAAGCCCAAUAAAGAAUAUUGUGAAUGGAUCCUUAACCCAGAUAAAUGGGGCGGUGCCAUAGAGCUUUCUAUUUUGGCAGAGUAUUAUGAGCGAGAAAUCGCAGCUUAUGAUAUACAAACCACACGGUGUGAUUUGUAUGGGCAGGAAAAUAAUUAUGUUGAGAGAGUUUUGCUGAUUUAUGAUGGACUCCAUUAUGAUGCUUUGGCUAUGUCCCCUUCUGAAAAGGCUCCAGAGGAGUUUGAUCAGACAAUCUUCACUGUGCAGAUGAACCGCACCAUUGGCCCGGUUGAAGGACUUGCUCUUGAUCUAGUUAAAGAUCAGCAAAGGAAAAGGAGCUAUACUGAUACUUCCAACUUCACAUUGCGGUGUGGGGUUUGUCAAAUAGGGGUUAUUGGACAGAAGGAGGCCACGGAGCAUGCACAAGCAACCGGACAUGUUAACUUUCAGGAAUAUAAAUGAAAUAAUUAUUGUGUUAUUCUGUUCUUUGGUUUUACAGGAAGAAUUUUUCCGUUGUCCUUUCACGCACAUGACAAAAAUGUCAGUGUCUAUAUGUAUUUUACCAUUAAGCUGUAUCGCUCACAUGACAAAAAAUGUGAGUGUGUAUAUGCAUUUACCAUUAAGCUGUAUCGCUCA